AUGGAGCCAACAAGUAGUUUUCCUAUUCCUUACACUACUGGUGCUAUUUGUUUUGCUAAAGCUUUAUGUGAUUUGGGUGCAAGUAUAAAUUUGAUGCCAUUGUCCAUUUAUAACAAAUUGGGUUUGGAAAAGAUUAAGCCAACUUCUGUGACUUUACAACUUGCUGAUCGAUUCGUCACCUACCCUUAUGGUAUUGUGGAAGAUGUUUUGUUGAAAGUUGGUAAGUUUUUUUUUCCAAUAGAUUUUAUUAUUCUUGACAUGGAAGAAGAUCGUGAAAUACCGAUCAUUCUUGGGAGACCAUUCUUGAGAACUGCUCAAGCUCUAAUUGAUGUAAAAAAAGAUGAGCUUACCUUAAGGGUUGAAGAUCAACAAGUAACAUUUAGUAUUUUUAGAGCUUUAAAAGUUUUCAAUGAGCAUGAUGAAUGUUUCUCAAUUAAUGUGGUGGAUGGCAUUAUUGAGAAUCAUUAUGAUGGACCAUUGGAAACAUCUUUAAUUCCUUCACGUAAUAUUGUUGAUGAGAAAAUUCUUGAAUAA